GAUGGUUAUUGUGGAGCUGGGUGUGGAAGUUAUGGAGGUUUUGAUGACUAUGGUGGCUAUAAUAAUUAUGGCUACGGAAAUGAUGGCUUUGAUGACAGAAUGAGAGAUGGAAGAGGUAUGGAAGGGCAUGGCUAUGGUGGAGCUGGUGAUGCAAGUUCAAGUUUUCAUGGUGGUCAUUUUGUACAUAUGAGGGGAUUACCUUUUCGUGCAACUGAAAAUGACAUUGCUAAUUUCUUCUCACCACUAAAUCUAAUAAGAGUGCAUAUAGAUAUUGGAGCUGAUGGCAGAGCAACAGGAGAGGCAGAUGUAGAAUUUGUGACACAUGAAGAUGCUGUAGCUGCCAUGUCUAAAGAUAAGAAUAACAUGCAACAUCGGUACAUUGAACUCUUCUUGAAUUCUACUCCUGGGGGCUGUUCUGGAAUGGGAGGUUCUGGAAUGGGAGGCUACGGCAGAGAUGGAAUGGAUAAUCAGGGAGGUUACGGAUCUGUUGGAAGAAUGGGAAUGGGUAACAAUUAAGUGGAGGA